UCAGCAUUCAUUUCUUGAGGUGGUGCUGAGACGCGCUGUGUGUGCUCCGACUACUGAUUUAUCUACUGCUUGUUCGUUUACAGGAACCACGGGUUAUUAUUAUUAUUUUUUUGUUUUGGAUUUAGUCCACAUGAGGACGAUAUUUUUCCAUUUUAAAGGCAUCAUGUUUAAGAAAAAGAGCGAGUUUUUAUAUAAUAUGGAGUGAUCUGGAGAAGGAACCGGUCCGGCUGGAAAAGGAAAGAUGGCGUUUUAACCUGUUCAUGGAGGUGAAUGCAAAUGUUCAUGAAAUAAUUUCUAUACUGUCAAAGGAACGGUGUGUCUACAAGGACUAAGGACUUUUUAAGGAACAUUUUUACCACCUCUGUCUUGGGCAUCUUCUUAUGACCGCCUCAUCCAAAGCCAAAAGCGGUUAAGACUACUGCUGCUGAACAGCUACUACUGAACCAUUCCUGUCAGGUACUAUCAGAGGACAGUGAAAAGAAAUGGGGAACAGCUUUUCCAACAUAUCCGCCUUCCAGUCCCUCCACAUCGUGAUGCUGGGGCUGGACUCGGCCGGCAAGACGACCGUCCUCUACAGGCUGAAGUUCAAUGAGUUUGUGAACACUGUACCCACGAUCGGUUUCAACACGGAGAAGAUCAAGCUGAGCAAUGGUGCAGCGAAGGGCAUCAGCUGUCAUUUCUGGGACGUCGGUGGCCAAGAGAAGCUCCGUCCGCUCUGGAAGUCGUACAGCCGCUGCACAGAUGGCAUCAUCUACGUGGUAGACUCGGUGGAUGUAGACCGGCUCGAGGAGGCCAAGACCGAGCUGCACAAGGUUACCAAAUUUGCAGAGAACCAAGGAACGCCGCUGCUGGUCAUCGCCAACAAGCAGGACCUGCCCAGGUCUCUGCCCGUGGCCGACAUAGAGAAGCAGCUGGCACUCAAUGAGUUGACCCCGUCCACCGCAUACCACGUUCAGCCCGCUUGUGCCAUCAUCGGCGAAGGGCUUCACGAAGGUAUGGACAAACUGUACGAGAUGAUCGUAAAGCGAAGAAAAGCCCUAAAGCAGAAAAAGAAGCGAUAACCCAUGUUUGCUACAAGGAACUCUUCCCCCUCAUUCAUGCCUUUCUGCAAGCCUGGGGCCCAUCGUCACGUGCCAACACAGCGACGCACCGCUUGGAUUAUUGAUUGAUUUGGGCAGUUUGUUUGUUUUCAGUUGGAUUUAUGUUGACUCUGUAUGGCUUGCUGGGUGGUUUGGAACCACAGUGAACUUACAGGAAAAUAAAAAAAAAACUUGAUAAUUGACUUGUUACUAUGAAAAAAGGGCUGGUUCCCUUUUCUGCUGCUGUUGACUUACUGUGCAAGUAGCCUCGUCGUAAUACUGAAGGAGCUCUCUACUUUAGCACUGUGAAGAAUUACGAACGCUACUGUUUUGGUUCGUGGAAUGCUUGAUUUUUUUUUUUUCUCUCUCUCUCUUCUCUCUUGACGACCGGCUCGAAGCGUUACUGUGUGUAUCACAAUAAUAAUGUUGCCUAAAUCCUUUACGAGUAACUCCAUUUGGGAUUGGUUCUGACCUGUGUGAGACUGAAGGUUAACAGUUUAGGCCUGAUUUUUGGGAGUUUGAGACUUUAUGGUAACAUAAAGUCAUGGACUUGGCGUACACAUCCAGGCUUAUGAAGUCAGUUAAGAACAUGAUGUGUGGUGGACGGUGCUUACCAUUACCGUGCUUGCAACCUCAGUCCACCACUUAGCACUUUUCCUUACCAAAACCAGUAGAGUUUCAACACUGUAUUGCAAAACUCAAGAUUAUUGUAUUACACAGUCAAAAGAUGAAUUCUGAAGUAUUUUUCAAUUAAAAAUAUAUUGAGAAAA